AUCCGUAACUGCCACCGCGAUGCCGAAGGCGCCUAAGCAGCAGCCGCCGGAGCCCGAGUGGAUCGGGGACGGAGAGAGCACGAGCCCCGCAGAGAAAGUGGUGAAGAAAGGAAAGAAGGACAAGAAGACCAAAAAGACGUUCUUUGAAGAGCUGGCAGUAGAAGAUAAGCAAGCUGAGGAAGAAGAGAAAGCACUCAAGGAGAAGGAGCAGCAACAGCAGCAGCAGCAGCAGCAGCAGCAAAAAAAGAAGCGAGACACCCGAAAAGGCAGGCGGAAGAAAGAUGUGGAUGAUGAUGGAGAGGAGAAAGAACUCAUGGAGCGCCUUAAGAAGCUCUCAGUGCCAGCCAGUGAUGAGGAGGAUGAGGUACCUGUUCCAGUACCCCGAGGAGGGAAGAAAACCAAGGGCGGUAAUGCUUUUGCAGCCCUAAUUCAGGAUCAGAGUGAGGAAGAUGAGGAGGAAGAAGAAAAAUGUCCUCCUAAGCCUGCGAAGCCUGAGAAGAAUCGGAUCAAUAAGGCUGUAUCUGAAGAACAGCAACCCGGCCUCAAGGGCAAAAAAGGAAAGGAAGAAAAGUCGAAGGGGAAGGCCAAGCCUCAAAAUAAAUUUGCAGCUCUGGAGAGUGGAGAGGAUGAUGAUGAAGAAAUAAUGAAAGAAAAGGAGCCACCCAGACAAGGAAAGGAGAAGGGCAAGAAAGCAGAGAAAGCUUCAGAAGAAGAAGGGGAAGAAGAGGAGGAAGGUGGAGAGCCCAAGGCAGAUGAUCCUUAUGCUCACCUCAGCAAAAAGGAGAAGAAAAAGCUGAAGAAACAGAUGGAGUAUGAGCGUCAAGUAGCUUCAUUAAAAGCAGCCAAUGCUGCGGAAAAUGACUUCUCUGUGUCCCAGGCAGAGGUGUCCUCCCGUCAAGCCAUGUUAGAAAAUGCGUCUGACAUCAAGCUAGAGAAGUUCAGCAUCUCGGCCCACGGCAAGGAGUUAUUUGUCAACGCAGACCUGUACAUUGUAGCUGGCCGCCGCUAUGGGCUGGUGGGACCCAAUGGCAAGGGCAAGACCACGCUUCUCAAGCACAUUGCCAAUCGAGCCCUGAGCAUCCCUCCCAACAUCGACGUGCUGCUAUGUGAGCAGGAGGUGGUAGCUGAUGAGACACCAGCAGUGCAGGCUGUGCUGCGAGCCGACACCAAGCGGCUGAAGCUGCUGGAAGAGGAGCGGCGGCUUCAGGGGCAACUGGAACAGGGAGAUGAUGCAGCUGCAGAGCGCCUAGAGAAGGUAUAUGAGGAGCUGCGAGCUACAGGGGCUGCAGCUGCGGAGGCCAAGGCACGACGUAUCCUGGCUGGUCUGGGCUUUGACCCUGAAAUGCAAAACAGGCCCACACAGAAGUUCUCGGGGGGCUGGCGCAUGCGUGUCUCCCUGGCCAGGGCACUGUUCAUGGAGCCCACACUGCUGAUGCUGGAUGAGCCCACUAACCACCUGGACCUCAAUGCGGUCAUUUGGCUCAACAACUACCUCCAGGGCUGGAGGAAGACAUUGCUGAUUGUCUCUCACGACCAGGGCUUCCUGGAUGAUGUCUGUACCGAUAUCAUCCAUCUUGAUGCCCAGCGUCUCCAUUACUACAGGGGCAAUUACAUGACCUUCAAGAAGAUGUACCAGCAGAAGCAGAAAGAACUGCUAAAACAAUAUGAGAAACAAGAGAAAAAGCUGAAGGAGCUGAAGGCAGGGGGCAAGUCCACCAAGCAGGCAGAAAAGCAAACAAAGGAAGCCCUGACUCGAAAGCAGCAGAAAUGCAGACGGAAAAACCAGGAUGAAGAAUCCCAGGAGGCCCCUGAGCUCCUAAAGCGCCCCAAGGAAUACACUGUGCGCUUCACGUUCCCAAACCCCCCACCCCUCAGCCCUCCUGUGCUGGGUCUGCACGGUGUGACAUUUGGCUAUGAGGGGCAGAAGCCACUCUUUAAGAACCUGGACUUCGGCAUCGAUAUGGACUCAAGGAUUUGCAUCGUGGGCCCAAAUGGUGUGGGGAAGAGUACCCUACUCCUGCUGCUGACGGGCAAGCUGACCCCAACCCGAGGGGAAAUGAGAAAGAAUCACCGGCUGAAAAUUGGCUUCUUCAACCAGCAGUAUGCAGAGCAGCUACGUAUGGAGGAGACACCCACUGAGUACCUACAGCAUGGCUUCAACCUGCCCUACCAGGAUGCCCGAAAGUGCUUGGGCCGCUUCGGCCUGGAGAGUCAUGCCCACACCAUCCAGAUCUGCAAACUCUCUGGUGGACAGAAAGCCCGAGUUGUGUUUGCAGAGCUGGCCUGCCGGGAGCCUGAUGUCCUCAUCUUGGAUGAGCCAACCAAUAAUUUGGACAUUGAGUCUAUUGAUGCUCUUGGGGAAGCCAUCAAUGAAUACAAAGGUGCGGUGAUAGUCGUCAGCCACGAUGCCCGACUUAUCACAGAAACCAACUGUCAGCUGUGGGUGGUGGAGGAGCAGAGCGUCAGCCAGAUUGACGGUGACUUUGAGGACUACAAGCGGGAGGUGCUGGAGGCCUUGGGUGAAGUCAUAGUUAACCGGCCUCGAGAGUGA